GGUAUGACCGAGGUGAAGCUGGCCGUGCUGGGCGGUAGCGGAGCCGGCAAGUCGGCGCUGGCGGUGCGGUUUCUGACCAGGCGGUUCAUCGGAGAGUACGCGUCCAACGCCGAAUGCAUCUACACUAAACACUUAUGCCUGGAUGGGAGGCAGAUACAAUUGGAAAUUUAUGACCCUUGUUCACAGGCACAGUGGGGGAAGCUCUCCUUCACAGACGAGCUCCACUGGGCUGAUGGAUUUAUCAUUGUUUAUGACAUCAGUGACAGAGCAUCAUUUGCAUUUGCAAAAGCAUUGCUGUACAGGAUCCGAGAAUCUCACACAGGAGCUUGUAAAAAAAUGAUCGAGUCAUCGGUAUUUUUGGUUGGUAAUAAACAGGAUUUAUGCCACAUGAGGGAAGUUGGCUGGGAUGAAGGACAAAAGCUGGCAAUGGAUAACAAGUGCCAAUUCUGUGAACUGUCUGCAGCAGAACAUUAUCAGGAAGUUGUGGCAAUGUUCACAAAAGUCCUGAAGAAUGUCACCUCAAAUCUCAAAGUGAAGGAAAAGAGAAGACCAAGUGGAUCAAAGUCAAUGGCCAAGUUAAUCAACAAUGUGUUUGGAAAGAGAAGGAAAUCUGUGUAAAAGAUGGUUAGUCUUGAAGUAGGAAUAAGCUGAAAUAAUGGAGCACAGGCAGCUCUUGUGAUUCAGUCCAUUUCCUCCAAAGGUCAAUCUCUGGAGGAGUAAGACAGUAGAAACCAAAGGCAGGAGAUACUAUUGUCAAGUGGACAGGGUCUAGACCUA